AUUUUGGCGGGAUUUUGGAUCUUAACAAUACAAUAAUAAAAUGAACCUCCUGUGCUGUUGAAUAAUAAUUUAACUAAAUCCACUGAGAUAGAUAAGAAUAUACUGGAGCGCGGACUUGACUAUGUUUGUAUGUUGAGAAAAACAAGCUGUCUCAACUGCCGCUACUCCCACCACCGUAUGGCAUGAAAUUGAACUUCCAUACAAAUAACAUUGAAAAACUACACAUUUUAACUUAACAUAACUCUGGAAUAAAUGGUCGUAUUGCGUUAACUUAGGUACAAGGACGAGUCAGAUUUUAUCUUCCAAAACUGUGAUUAAGAACAAGGCCUAUUGUUUUUGGUUAUAGGUACCGUGGUAGUUGUACAACCAGUUACCUAACCUAACCUGUGCGUUGGCUAUUAUCUUUCUAUUUUACAAAUUGACGUCGAUCGAGCUACUCUGACCAACGAAUGGGAAAAGAAGUCUAGUUUUGUAUCACUGGUUAUCGGUUUUGGGUCAACUAUAAACGCAUCAUAGCGUAGUCCUUUACGGUUUUUUAUUCCGCCAUUAUCAUUCUUUUAGUAUUCAGCAUCAGUUAUUUUGUUGUAUCGUUUUGUUUCCAUUAUCAAAUCGUUUCAAUUUUUGUUGUCAUUAACGCCCAACGUUAAAGCUCGUUACUGCUUGUUAUAAUCGGAACAAGCCAUGUAUCCAACUGGCCAACCUUCUGCACCACCUGUUUUGGCCCCAGUGACAGUUAGUUUAACCAGUAAAAUGGACGUUCUUCAACCUGCUCAAACUGCUUCAACUCCUGCUUUACAACCACAAUUAGUCGAUGUACCAGUAUUCAAUAGGCCAAGUCGACCAAAUUUGGGACUGAAAGGCCGUCCAAUUAUACUUCGUGCUAAUCAUUUUCAUAUAUCAAUGCCACGAGGUUUUGUGCAUCAUUAUAACAUCUAUAUUCAACCAGAUAAUUGUCCACGAAUGGUUAAUCAUGAAAUUAUUUGUGCUAUGGUUUCUGCAUACAGUCAAGUUUUUGAUAGUGUUAGGCCUGUUUAUGAUGGCCGAAAUAACUUUUUUACAAAAGAUCCACUACCUAUUGGAAAGGAUAAAGUAGAAUUAGAAGUAACGUUGCCUGGUGGAUCUAAAGAUAGAAUAUUCUGUGUUUAUAUUAAAUGGUUAUCUCAAAUAUCAUUAUUUGCUUUGGAAGAAGCAUUAGAAGGCCGUACAAGACAAAUACCAUAUGAUACAAUUUUUGCAUUAGAUGUAAUUAUUAGAUAUUUUCCAUUAAUGACUUAUACACCAGUGGGUAGAUCGUUUUUUUUUCCUCCAGAAGGAAAUUAUCAUUCAUUAAGUGGUGGUAGAGAAAUUUGGCAUGGUUUUCAUCAAUCUGUCAAGCCAUCUAAAUGGAAACUGAUGCUUAAUAUUGAUGUUACAGCAACAGCCUUUCACAAAGCUCAAUCCAUGAUAGAAUUCAUGUGUGAAUUAUUGAAUAUUCAGAAUAUUAGGAAUCAACGUAAAACAUUAUCAGAUGCACAAAUAUUAAAAUUUGCUAAAGAAAUUAAAGGUUUUAAAAUAGAAGUUACACAUUGUGGUAAAAUGCGAAGAAAAUAUAAAGUUUGUAAUGUUACUAGCAAAUCAGCUAAAACGCUAACUUUUCCAUUGCAAUUAGAAAAUGGUCAGACGGUAGCAUGUACUGUAGCUAAGUAUUUCUUGGACAAAUACAAGAUAAAACUACGUUAUUCAUAUUUACCAUGUCUUCAUGUUGGACAGGAACAUGGACACAUAUAUCUACCUAUUGAGAUCUGUAAUUUAAUUGCGGGUCAACCUGUUAAAAAUUUAAAUGAAAUUGAAACAUCAUCCAUGAUUGAGACAACUAUAAUCAAUGCUCCUGACCGUGAGCAAGAGAUUAAUUCCUUAAUUCGUCAAGCUAAUUUGAAUAAUGGUUUAUAUUUACAAGAAUUUGGUCUCACUAUAUCAAACAACAUGAUGGAAGUACGUGGUCGAAUUUUACCACCACCAAAAUUACAAUAUGGUAGAACUUUACCUGAUCAGAAAGAAUUUCAUGUUCAACAAAUAUUGCCCCAACAGGGAUUUUGGGAUAUGAGAGGCAAACAGUUCUUUACAGGUGUUGAAAUUCGUAUUUGGGCAUUAGUUUGUUUUGUAUCCCAAAAUACUAUUUGUGAAAAUGAAUUAAAGAAUUUUAUAACACAACUUCAAACGAUUAGUAAUGAAGCUGGUAUGCCUUUAGUUGGUGAACCAUGUUAUUGCAAAUAUGCAAAAGGGAUUGAUUCAGUAGAACCUAUGUUCAAUUAUUUAAAAUCAACAUUCACUGGAUUGCAACUCUUAAUUAUUGUUUUACCAGGAAAAACUCGAGUAUAUGCUGAAGUCAAAAGAGUUGGAGACAAUGUCUUAGGAAUAGCUACACAAUGUGUUCAAGCAAAAAAUGUUACUAGUCCAUCUUUUCAAGUAUUUUCUAACUUAUGUUUAAAGAUAAAUGCGAAAUUAGGUGGUAUCAAUAGCAUUCUAGUACCAAGUAUCAGAUCUAAAGUAUUUAAUGAACCUCUGUUAUUUUUGGGUGCAAGUAUAUUUCACCCAUCUGUAUAUGACAUUAACAAUCAAUCAAUUGCUGCAGUAGUAGGAUCUAUGGAUGCUCAUCCCAGUCGUUACACUUCUACUGUACUUCUUCAACAAUACAGACAAGAAAAUAUUCAAGAACUUAGUUCUAUGGUCAAAGAUCUCCUAAUAAUGUUUUACAAGAGUACUGGUGGUUUUAAACCACAUCGAGUAAUAUUAUAUCGCGAUGGAGUUACCGAAAAACAGUUUUCUCGUGUCUUACAAUAUGAACUUGCAGCUAUUCGAGAGGCAUGUUUAAAAUUAGAAGUGGAUUACAAACCCGGUAUCACUUAUAUUAUUGUUCAAAAACAGCAUCACACUAGAUUAUUCUGUGCUGAUAAAAAGGAACAAUUUGGAAAAUCUGGUAAUAUUCCUGCUGGUACAAUAGUUGAUGUUGGAAUAACACAUCCUACAGAAUUUGAUUUUUACUUAUGUAGUCAUCAAGUAGUUCAAGGAACAAGCCGGCCAAGCCAUUAUUAUGUUUUAUGGGAUGACAACAAUUUUGAAUCGGAUGAAUUACAAAACUUAACAUACCAAUUGUGUUAUACUUAUGUCAGAUGUACACGUUCUGUAUCUAUACCUGCUCCUCUCUAUUAUGCUCACCUAGUUACAUUAAGGGCUAGAUAUCACUUGGCCAAAAAAGAAGACUGUUUUAAAAAACCACAUAAAUCUGGUUGUGGUGAAGAUCAAACAUUAAGCGUAGUAGAACACAAUAUACAAGUUCAUGCUGAAUCAAAGAAAGUCAUGUACUUUGCUUAAAAUACCACAGUUAAAAUAAAAAAAGUAU